AGAUACAAACAAAUUUUCUAAAAAUAAUAAUAAAGUUUUAUUGUACAUUUUGAAAAUUUCAUUUCGGCUAUAAAUAAAUUUUCUACACAAUAAAAAUGUUUCAAAUUUAAAGUGCAUUAAGUUUACAUGAACAAAACACAUGAACGUAUGCAUUUUGCAAAAUAUUGCAUAGAAAAAAAUUGAAUGAGUUAAAUACUAGGAAUUGGAACGCAGUUUGGCUUUUAUAUUCUUGUGCGAAUUCAUACCACGGAUUUAUUGAACAACGGCAUUGUUAUGAUGCGGUCUUUGCUGCUAUUACUGGCAAUUGUUGCCAUUUUCGCUACAGUAAAGUCAAUGCCAUCUGGUUGCGAGGAUACUUGCAGUGCACUUGACUUUGAGGCGCGCGUUUUUAUUGAACGUGAAAGUGAAUUACUAAGACAGCGUCGUCGUCAGGAUUUCAUAGCUGCAUAUAAUUAUAAUAUUAAUGUUACUGAAGCGAAUCGUCAGACUAUGAUAAAUGUAGCUACUGCAAAUGCUGUACUUAAUAAGGAGCUCGCACCAGAACUUCAAAAAUAUCUUGAUAAAAUUGAUGAUGAAGAUCUACUGCGGCAGGCGCGUAUCCUCUCUAAUGUCGGUUUCGACGCACUAAGUGAAAAAGAUUAUAAAGAACUGAAGAAUGCAAUAACCGCAAUGCAGAGUAAUUAUGCAACCACAACUGUUUGUUCGUUUUUCAACAAAAGUGAUUGUUCACUAACAUUGGAACCACACAUACAAGAACGUUUAUCAAACAGUCGCGAUCCAGAAGAAUUGAAACAUUAUUGGAAAGAAUGGUAUGACAAAGCUGGCACACCAAUGCGUAAAAACUUUACCAAAUACGUUCAGUUAAGCUCGAAGGCUGCACAUUUAAAUAAUUUUAUGUCCUAUGCUGACUAUUGGCUACAUUUUUACGAAGAUAAUGAAUUCGAGGAAAAUUUGGAUGCUGCCUAUAAAGCAAUAUUACCAUUAUACCGUGCAAUUCACGCGUAUGUACGUCAUCGUUUGAAUGAACAUUAUGGCAAUGUAACGGUGCCCGAUAAUGGAAAUAUUCCUAUGCAUUUACUGGGAAACAUGUGGGCUCAAAAUUGGGAUGAGGCAAUGGAAUUGUAUACACCCUACCCGGAGGUGCCAUUUUUAGAUGUUACAUCUGAAAUGGAAAAGCAAAAUUAUACAGUAGAAAAAAUGUUUCAAUUAGGUGAUGAAUUCUUUAAGUCACUUAAUAUGCGUCCAUUACCUGAAAGUUUUUGGAAUUUGAGUGUUUUGAAGCGUCCCACCGAUAGACCAAUUGUUUGUCAUGCAUCAGCUUGGGAUAUGCUACAAGAUAGCGAUGUACGUAUCAAAAUGUGCACAGAAGUCGAUACACACUAUUUGUAUGUGGUGCAUCAUGAGUUGGGACACAUACAAUAUUAUUUGCAAUAUGAAAACCAGCCAGUAGCCUAUAGAUCUUCAGCUAAUCCCGGUUUUCAUGAAGCCGUUGGUGAUGUGAUUGCAUUGUCAGUAUCAACACCUAAACAUUUGAAGACAAUUGGACUGUCGCCAACAGGUCAAUUGGAUGCGAAAAGACGCAUAAAUGAAUUAUUCAAAACGGCAUUGAAAAAAGUUGUUUUCCUGCCUUUCGCAUAUACCUUAGAUAAAUAUCGUUAUUCUGUAUUUCGUGAUGAAAUUGAUGAAUCAACUUGGAAUUGCGCUUUCUGGCGUAUGCGUUCUAUGUUUACUGGCGUUGAACCACCAGUAGUGCGUACUGAUCGUGACUUUGAUCCUCCAGCAAAAUACCAUAUUGACGCGGAUGUUGAGUAUUUGCGUUACUUUGCAGCGCAUAUCUUUCAAUUUCAAUUUUAUAAAGCAUUGUGCACCUUAUCCAAACAGUAUGUACCUAACGAUAUUAACCGUCCUUUGGACAAUUGCGACUUCUUUAACAACAAAGCGGCAGGCAGAGCGUUUAGUAAAUUUCUGACCGUUGGCAAUUCAAAGCAUUGGAAACCUGUACUCGAAGAAUUUACUGGUGAUGAUGAGAUGAAUCCAGCUGCUUUACUAGAAUACUUUGCACCACUCUAUGAAUGGCUAAAGACUGAAAAUAAACGUUUAGGAGCUAUUGUUGGCUGGGAACACACCGAUAAAGUGGCUCCUGAUUGUUGUCCACCUUUUAGUACUUGAAUCUGAUAAAAAACAACCACUAUAAAUUUGCAGACUAAAAAUUUAAAUAGUUUAGAAUUUAGUGUUAAGAUUUUUACUUAGUAGCUAUUAAAGAUUAAUGAUUAUUAACAUAAAUGGCGCAUAUCAUAUGAGAUUUUGACUUUACAAUAUAUUGAUUAUACAAGCAUAACGUUGAGAUACUACAUCUUUUCUACACGCAAUACUCAUGUUAUUCAGAUUAAUAUUAAGAAUACUGGUCAUUGUAAACUUACUUGCCAUUUUUUAAAUAUAAAUUAUUUUAAAAAUUUAA